GGUUAUUUGCGGUGUUAUAGAAGCCGUCACGUUUGCAUUUGUACUUAGUGGAAGUGUUAUUGUUUUCAAAACGGAAUUCGCUCCAGAAAAACCUCCGGUAACAUUUACCGGCGCAGCAUAUCUUGGAACCGGCCUACUCGGAUCGAACUUUGUAAAAGCAUUUCUUAAAAAAGAUCAGACAGUUCAUGUAUGGAACAGAACUUAUUCUAAAGCAAAACUGCUGGAAGCUUCUGGUGCAAAGGCUUUCGAAAACAUUGUGGAGGCAGUUAAAGGUGCUGAACGUAUUCAUCUUACUUUGUCUGAUGACGCCGCGGUAGAUGCAACUCUUGAACUCGCCAGAACAGGUUUUAAACCUGGAGUGAUUAUUAUCGAUCACACAACCACUUCUACAAAAGGAGCCACAGAACGCACAACAUAUUGGAAACAACAAGGUUUCACAUAUUUGCACGCACCUGUAUUCAUGGGUCCGCCUAACGCUCUAGACUCAACGGGUUAUAUGCUGGUUUCAGGAGAUCAGGACAUCAUUAAGACAGUAGAACCUAUUCUCUCUGGCAUGACUGGCAAACUCAUUAAUUUCGGUCCCGAAAUAAACAGAGCCGCCGCCGCUAUCCAGUUGAUCAGUGCCGACAGUAUCUACCAGGCUCCAAAAGAGAUGAUUACACUUGCAGACAGCGUGGCUAUAAAAGGAUUUAACAUGGACUAUGACAUCUGGCGCCAGCGUCGCAAUUUUAUUAAAUCCUCUUUCUACCUGGCAAAUGCUGUCGGACCUGAUCCUGCAAUUGCAAGGAUAGUCGCCGGAUCUAUCGGUAUUGACACCCAUAACCAUAUUGACGUGCCUUUGAUUGCAGGAGAAUUACCCGGACCAAAAGUAGAUCUGUAUGGAGAAAUGAAAAAGUCCGGCUA